AUGACCGUCCAGAAGCAUUCGGCAGAGUGGUACGCAGUUGUGACACAAUGGCUGUUUAAACUCAUCGAUAUGCUCGAGACGUACCGAGCUUCUCUCGCAGGUAACUCGGAAUUCCUAACCUCCACUCUUGAGAACGUCUGGCAGGUUCCCCCUCUCGACUCUGACGUGGACGGGACGGCCCGAGCGGACGAUGGCCUUUGGGGAGAAGUAUUUCUCACCGGGUUUGAAACCUUGACAUUGACAGGCAAGAAACAGUUUUGGUCCGAUGUAGAUGACGAGGAGCAAACAGAGCUACCCAAUGACCUAUUCAUGUAUCUCGGUGCUUGCAAGGUCCAAAGACAGCGUUCGUUUGUUGACAGCACGGGAAGGCCGGGGACCACGCUGCAGGACGUCCAGGUUGGUGACCAAGUUGUGAUAUUCCCCGGUGCGCAUGUGCCGUUUGUUAUCAGACUUGUGACGCAGAAGGGAGGAGAUUUUGUGCAUCAUAUGGUUGGGCAGCUUACGUUUACAGUGUAA